AUGGCGGUGCUGGAUGAGAUACGUCCAGUCCGGGCGCAACAGACGGGCACCCAAAUUUCAAGUUUGGAUUGGGAUGGAAUAAAGGUCGAAGUCGACGACCUUCCGUCUUUGGUACGAUUGGACGGAGGUUACCUAGACCUUGUGAAGCGCUGUCAGGAAGAGGCCUACUCGGAGGAGAUUUGUCGGCUACAGGCAGGAAAAUGGCUCCAAAAGAGUUCCAGUCUUCUAUCUUUAGCUCCAAUUUUAGGAUCAGACGGAUUGGUACGGCUUGGUGGGUGCGCAGGAAGGGCGAAAUUACCGUACGAGGUGCUUCACCCACCUUUGCUUCCGGCAAAACAUCAAUUCACCGCCACUAUUGUCCGUGCGUUUCAUUUGUCGCUGAAGCAUGUUGAAACGGAUUACCAAAUUAGUUUCAUCCGACAGCAUUUUUGGAUUCCCGGAGGCCGUGAACUUGUUAAGAGAAUUCGCCGGGAGUGCGAAAAAUGCCGGCGAGAAAGAGCAAAACCUGGAGAGCAGAUCAUGGCGGAUCUGCACGAAUCAAGACUGGAAUUUGGGUCUCCGCCCUUCACUAGGACAGCCUGCGACCUUUUCGGGCCCAUCGAUGUUUUGCUGUCGCGAAACCGGACUGCCAAACGACGGGGAGUCCUGUUAACUUGUCUGGUGACGCGGGCAGUUUACUUGGAGAUGGUUACUACCCUCUCUUCUGACGAUUUUCUUCUGAUCUUACGGAGAUUCAUCGGUCUCUACGGACAACCACGGGUGUUCCACACAGAUAACGGCACCAACUUUGUCGGCACCGAACGAGAACUGUUUGAGGACCCAGAGGUGUUCCAAUUUAUCCGCCGAAAAGGAAUGCAGUGGAAUUUCCAGCCUCCAAGAACACCUCAUUUCGGUGGAGCCCACGAAUCUCUCGUGUGGUCAGCCAAGAGAGCGUUGUACGCUGCACUAGACGAAGAGAAGAAGUUUUUACGUCACCCGACAGAGGAAACGCUUCGUACAAUGUUGUAUGAAGUAGCGGGGCUACUGAACGGUAGGCCUCUGACCGCGGCCAGUGAAGAUCCAGCGGAUUUACGUCCACUGACAACCGCGGAUUUCCUCAAUCGUGCAAAUACGGCCAGCCCACCACACGGUACUUUCGACGAUGCCGCUGGCUGGACGUUCGAAAUGGAAAAGGCCGACAACUAA